UAUAGAACAUAUUGUAGAACAUAGACGUACUUGAUCAGAAUGACCAUCACCAACGGUACUUCCUCUCAAUUCAGUCCUUAUCCCAUCAGGUCAGCAAAAGGUUAUCAUACUUUUUUACCUGAACAACUUCAACCUAUCGGUUCACUUUUAUCUGCUGAAAAGUUCCCUCAGAAUGCAGAACCUCCAAAAUUGUUCGAACCUCUUACUAUCCGUGGUGUGACUUUUCACAAUAGAGCUUGGGUAGCACCUAUGUGUGUUUAUUCAUCCGAUAAUACCGGUCAUGCAACAGAUUUCCAUCUAGUCCAUCUUGGUUCUAUGGCUCUGAGAGGAUGGGGAAGUAUAAUGGUAGAAGCUACUGCUGUAGUUGCUGAAGGUAGAAUCUCACCUAGUGAUUCUGGUAUUUGGCAAGAUUCUCAAAUAGCACCUUUGAAAAGAAUCGUAGAUUUCGUUCAUGCCAAUAAGGGGAUUAUCGGGAUACAAUUAGCUCAUUCUGGUAGGAAAGGUAGUACUAUGCCUGGUGGAACUUUGAGGAUUAUGAGAGAUGAUGGUUGGAAAGGUGGAGAUGUCGUACCUGAACAGACUGGUGGAUGGCCUUCGGAAGUCGUCGCUCCUUCCGCUAUCAGCUUUAACCCAGGCAAAUACCCCGAUCCUGUGGAAGCUAGCGUCGAAUACCUCACCAACUUGAAGGACGCGUACGUGAAAGCGGCAGAGAGAUGCAAGAUCAUCGGGUUUGACUUUAUUGAGAUUCAUGGAGCUCACGGUUAUUUCCUCCAUGAAUUUUGCUCGCCCGGGUCCAACCGUCGUACCGACCAAUAUGGAGGUUCAUUCGAGAACCGUAUUCGUUUCCCACUCGAAGUGGCACAGACCUUGCGUGCGGUGUGGGACAAACCAUUGUUCUACCGUGUGAGCGCUAGUGAUUGGUUGGAGGACGCUGAGGGUCCUGAGAAGGCUUAUCCGGGUGAGACGGAAGAAUACAAGUGGUGGGGUCUUGAUCAGACUACUUUGUUCACUCAGAAACUUGCGGAUGCGGGUGUUGAUUUGAUCGACGUUUCCAGUGGUGGGAAUGAUUUGAGGGGUAAAAUAGCAGUCGGACCUUCUUACCAACUCCCAUUCGCCGAGCAUAUCAAGAAAAACGUCAAAAACAUCCUCGUCGGCGCAGUGGGAAUCAUCACCGAACCCGAACAAGCCGAGGAGAUCUUGGAGAACAACCAAGCUGAUGUCGUCUUGUUCGCUAGACAAGUUUUGAGGGAUAUUGAUUUCCCUCUGAAAGCGGCUCAGGAGCUUGGGGCGGCCAUUUCGCCUGCUCUUCAGUUCGAACGCGGGUGGAGUCAUAUGGUCGUUAAACGUGAUCACCGUAAAGCUCCAGCGCAUCACAGUGGUAUUUCCACUGUUGAAGGUGAAGAGAGUAUAUCCAAACGUAAGAAUGGUGGUCCGGCCGUUUACUCUGCUAUCCCUUCGUGAUCAAGUCGUUAUUCCCUUUCGACUACGACUUUGAACACGAGUCGGAUGCUUGAGUUUAUUAUCUUGAAGAUUGGAGUUUUGACAGGUCACAGGUCAGUACAAUGGUAAUUGGUUUAUAUAGAUGCAAUAUCGUUU